AUGGCAUGUUGUGAGCGAGGGGUUCAGACCCUCGUGGCCAUCGUGGGGGCCUUCGCCGCGUUCAGCCUUAUGACCAUCGCCAUCGGCACCGACUACUGGCUCUACUCCCGCGCGUACAUCUGCAACACCACCAAUGUUUCCUCGGAUGAGAGCCAGAUGCAGCCCAAGAAAGUGAGAGGCGACCUGACGCACUCUGGUCUGUGGAGGAUCUGCUGCAUCGAAGGCAAGUGUUAUAAAGGAAGCUGUUUCCGGAUCAAUCACUUCCCAGAGGAUAACGACUACGACACAGACAGCUCUGAGUACAUCUUACGUAUAGUACGUGCCUCGAGCCUAUUCCCCAUCCUCAGCAACGCCCUGCUGAUGCUGGGUGGCCUGUGUGUCGGUGUUGGACGCAUCUACAGCGGCAGGAACAACAUCCUGCUCAGUGCUGGCAUCCUGUUUGUGGCUGCAGGCCUGAGCAACAUCAUCGGCAUCAUCGUCUACAUCUCGAGCAACGCCGGCGAUCCCAGUGACAAGAAAGACGAGGACAAGAAAAACCACUACAACUACGGCUGGUCCUUUUAUUUUGGCGCCCUCUCCUUCAUCGUGGCCGAGUCGGUGGGUGUUCUUGCCAUCAACAUUUACAUCGAGAAAAACAAAGACACACGCUUCCGAGCCAGGCACGACUUCAUCAAAACCAUACCCUCCUCUUCACCUUACUCCCGCAUCCCGAGUUACCGCCACAGACGAAGGCGCUCACGCUCCAGCUCCAGGUCGUCUGACCCAUCCCGUGAGCCCUCCCCGGUCGGGAUGAAGAUCGGUGGAGGUAGUGGUGGAGGAGGAGCAGGAAGAGGGUUGGGAAUGGGGUUGCCGAUGGGGGAUAUAUCCCUGUACACCCUUAGUAGGGACCCCCUGAAGGGCGCAAGUGGGACUGCAGGGCCCUACAGCCCUGAGAGGGACUCUGGGUUUUUACAAGUCCACAACUGCUUCCAGAAGGAUAUGAAAGACGGGGUGAACAGGAGGACGACGCCGGUAUGA